AUGGCUGGCCUGUCUCCCAGCUGCUCUUCAGUUUCUCGUGAGGACAGGGAGCGUCCUGACUCCCGGCUGGGAAGUCUCCUCUCUUCACCUCUGUUACACAAGGGCUACCUGUUUAUCUCAGUGCUGGUAAACAGCAACAGUGAGUUGAUCCGUCUGAUCAACAACGCCAUCAAGAAUGACCUGUCCAGCCGCAACCCCACCUUCAUGUGCCUGGCGCUUCACUGUAUUGCAAACGUAGGAAGCCGUGAGAUGGCUGAGGCUUUUGCGAGUGAGAUCCCUCGGAUCCUGGUUGCUGGUGAUACAAUGGACAGUGUGAAACAGUCAGCUGCCCUGUGUCUGCUGCGGCUAUACAAGACUUCUCCUGACUUGGUGCUGAUGGGUGAGUGGACGUCACGUGUGGUGCACCUGCUCAACGACCAACACAUGGGCGUUGUGACAGCAGCCAUCUCUCUCAUUACCUGUCUGAGCCAGAAGAAUCCAGAUGAAUUCAAGACCUGUGUUUCCCUGGCUGUUUCUCAACUCAGCAGGAUUGUGUCGUCAGCUUCCACUGACCUACAGGAUUACACCUACUACUUUGUGCCAGCACCGUGGCUCUCCUGCAAGCUGCUUCGCCUGCUGCAGUGCUACCCUCCACCAGAAGAUGGUGCUGUCAAGGGCCGUCUGGUAGAGUGUCUGGAGACCAUCCUCAACAAGGCCCAGGAGCCACCCAAGUCCAAGAAGGUCCAGCACUCCAAUGCCAAGAAUGCGAUCUUGUUUGAGGCUAUCUCACUUAUCAUCCACUAUGACAGUGAGCCAAACUUGCUGGUGCGAGCCUGUAACCAGCUGGGCCAGUUCCUGCAGCACAGAGAGACUAACCUGCGCUACCUGGCUCUGGAGAGCAUGUGUACUCUGGCCAGCUCCGAGUUUUCCCAUGAAGCUGUCAAGACACACAUAGAGACCGUCAUCAACGCCCUCAAGACUGAGAGGGAUGUGAGUGUUCGACAGAGGGCAGCUGAUUUGCUGUAUGCCAUGUGUGAUCGCAGCAAUGCCAAGCAGAUCGUAGCCGAGAUGCUCAGCUACCUUGAGACAGCAGACUACUCCAUCAGAGAAGAGAUGGUAUUGAAAGUCGCCAUACUUGCAGAGAAGUAUGCCGUGGAUUACUCUUGGUACGUGGACACCAUUCUCAACCUAAUCCGCAUUGCUGGUGACUAUGUCAGCGAAGAGGUGUGGUAUCGUGUCAUUCAAAUUGUCAUCAACCGAGAUGAUGUGCAGGGCUACGCCGCCAAGACGGUCUUUGAGGCCUUGCAGGCCCCUGCCUGCCAUGAGAACAUGGUGAAGGUUGGAGGCUACAUUUUGGGAGAGUUUGGUAACCUAAUUGCUGGCGACCCACGCUCCAGCCCCUUGGUCCAGUUCAACCUUCUCCACUCAAAGUUCCAUCUGUGCUCCGUGCCAACUCGUGCCCUGCUGCUGUCAGCCUACAUCAAGUUUAUCAACCUGUUCCCAGAGACCAAGGCCACCAUCCAAGAGGUGCUGCGCUGCGACAGCCAGAUCCGCAACUCGGAUGUGGAGCUGCAGCAGCGUGCUGUCGAGUAUCUGAAGCUUUCUUCCAUUGCCAGCACCGAUGUCCUGGCCACUGUCCUGGAGGAGAUGCCUCCCUUCCCAGAGAGGGAGUCAUCAAUCCUGGCUAAGCUGAAGAAGAAGAAGGGGCCCGGAGCUGUGCCUGUGGCAGAGCUGGAAGACAGCAAAAGGGAGGGUGGGGAAGUGAAUGGAGGGGGCGACCGGGGGCCAGACACAACAGUGAUGGCUGCCUCCAAUGCCUCCACCCCAUCACCAUCAGCAGACCUCUUAGGGAUUCGAUCUGCUGCUCCUGUUGGUGCUGCUCCAGCCAGCGCUGGCAGCUUAUUGGUGGAUGUGUUCUCUGAGGCAGGGCCUGCUGCACCUUCUGCUGCUGUGAACGAUGACGGCUUCCUAAGGUUUGUGUGCAAGAACAACGGGGUUCUUUUUGAGAAUCAGCUGCUGCAGAUUGGCAUCAAGUCCGAGUAUCGUCAGAAUCUGGGGAGAAUGUACUUAUUCUAUGGUAACAAGACGUCAGUGCAGUUUGCCAGCUUCAACACCACAGUCAGCUGUCCUGCGGAGCUGCAAUCUCAGCUCAACGUUCAGACCAAACCAGUGGAACCACUGGUGGAGGGUGGAGCCCAGAUCCAGCAAGUCCUCAAUAUCGAGUGUCUGUCUGACUUCUCUGAUGCCCCCUUGCUCAACAUAAAGUUCAGGUAUGGAGGAGCUCUGCAGAACCUGACCCUCAAGCUUCCUGUCACCAUCAACAAAUUCUUCCAACCAACUGAGAUGUCCUCGCAUGACUUCUUCCAGCGCUGGAAACAGCUUAGCCAGCCUCAGCAAGAAGCUCAAAAGAUAUUCAAGGCCAACCACAGCAUGGACACUGAAGUACUUAAGGCUAAGCUACUUGGACUAGGAACGGCCCUGCUAGACAACGUCGAUCCAAACCCAGAGAACUAUGUAUGUGCUGGAGUGAUCCAGACCAAGAGCCAGCAGGUUGGCUGUCUGUUAAGACUGGAGCCAAAUGCCCAGGCACAGAUGUACCGUCUGACUCUGCGCUGCAGCAAGGACUCUGUGUCCAGGCGUCUCUGUGAGCUGCUAGCCCAGCAGUUCUAGAGUCCAGACCUCUACCAUGACCAGUACUCCCAUCAUCCCCACCAGAGACCUCUUCCUUGAGCCCUCCUGCCACACCUCUCUUCCUCCCUCCAACAAAGAAUCUUUAAGUAAAAAAAUAAGGGAAAAAGAAGCAGCUGCUAGCAGCAGCGGCAAUAAUAUUGUCAAUAUUUUUGUCCCAGAUUCUGAUUCCAGUUCAUCUUCUUCUUGUUGAUUAACAUGAUGCUACAUUCUUGUUUUUGUUGGUGUUGUGUGUGUGUGUGUGUGUGUGUGUGUGCGUGUGUGCGUGUGUGUGUGU